AUGGCAAACUUUGAUUUAACAAAGGUGGGUGUUUUCCAUCGUAAGGAAAAGGCUUCUGCUACUCCCGAUCCUGUACAGGAAGUGGAAGAAGAAUUAGAUGCCUCUGAAUUAGAAGACUUCGAAGAUUCUGGUCCUCGUAUCAUUAAGAACAGAAGGCCCAAAGAGAACAAAUUUACACAACAAAGAAUAGCGGCUUGGAACCCAGUUUAUACCCCACAAACUGUCCUACCGAUUUAUUUCAUUAUUGCAUUCAUAUUCGUCAUUGUUGGUGGUUGCACCUUGGCCAUCUCCAGCAGAGUCGAUGAAAUAGUAAUAUAUUAUCACGAAUGUAAAAAUUCUGCUCCAAGUGAUGGUUCAUGGGGUUCUAUGGAUGAAAAACAAUAUAAUUAUGAUUUUCAUAAGAACAAAACAUUUAAUACUGCUCCACAAUGGAGAUUUAUUGAUAACGUUAAUGACGAUUCUGAGGAAAGAGGUACAUGUGAAAUAAGAUUUAUUGUCCCCGAAACUAUAAAAAAGAAUGUUUAUGUAAAUUACUUGUUGGAAAACUUCUCUCCAAAUCACAGACGUUAUGUAUUAUCGUAUAGUGAGGAUCAGUUAAGGGGUAUGGAGGCUGAUUAUAAGAAGAUUCAUGAGAAUACAGGUAUUAAUUGUAAACCGCUAUCUAGAAAUGAAGAAGGUAAGUUGUACUACCCCUGUGGAUUAAUCGCCAAUUCCAUGUUUAAUGAUUCUUUUCCAUUUCAAUUAACAAAUGUUCAAGACCCAACUAAAAAUUAUUCUUUAACAAAUAAAAAUACUAACUGGCAUUCCGAUAGACAAAGAUUUAAGAAAACAAAAUAUAAUUAUACAGAAAUUGCUCCACCACCUUAUUGGGUUAAAAAGUAUCCAGAUGGUUAUAACGAAACUAAUGUUCCAAACAUCCAAGAAUGGCCGGAGUUCCAAAACUGGAUGAGACCAGCUGCAUUUGAUAAAUUUGCAAAAUUAAUUCGUCGUAAUGACAAUGAAUCCUUAGAAGCUGGUGAAUACCAAAUUGAUAUUGGUUUACAUUGGCCAGUUACCGAAUUUAAUGGUAAAAAGGGUAUUUAUAUUACUCAUGGUUCACCAAUUGGUGGUAAGAAUUUCUUCCUAGGGAUUGUUUAUUUAAUCGGUGGCUGUAUAUGUGCUGCCUUAGCCUUAGUAUUUGGGGUAUUCUGGAUGUUUGGUGGUAGAAAGAUUGGUGAUCAAUCUGAAUUAUCAUGGAACAAAGAUAAAUUCUCCCAAUUCUAA